AUGCUUCCGCCUCGAAUGGUGAUGUUGUAUUUCGAAGAAGGUCGACCAGUAGGUAUCGAUGAACAACGAUUGAAUUUUGUGAAACUCGUCGGAGAGUUGAACAAGAUUGGUUUGCAAUAUGGCUUACCUUGGAAAGCCUCUGUUGAAUCACGUCCCACGGGAAAAGGUGAAAUCGAAUGGAAUUUGACACCGGGUGUUGAUGUACUUCGAGAAGCGAUGUGUCGAUUGCGAGCUGCAUCUGUUCCACCUCGAAUGCAUCAAGAACUAUUUCGUUUCAAUGCUCAACUGGCCGAAGAUAUAGUGCGUGGUGGAUUACACAAUACAACAACAGUAGCCUACAUCAAUGUCAUUCGAGAGUUGUGUGUGAAUGUAACUGGAUCAGUGGAAUUGACGUUCUAUCCCGGUUUUGUUCGUGCUAGUCGGCCAAAACCUGAUAGACCGGUGACUGUCGCCGAAGCUCCAUGUGGUCAUUUGCCACCUCCGAAAAAUGCAUUGGAUUCGGUUAAUGCUCUCAUUGCACACAAUGUAGUUGGACAAGCAUUUCGAACUGAAAAGCAAAUGCGAGAACAUUAUAAUUGGCAGGCUGACCAAUGUACCAAAGCUUUCUGA